AACCCAACACUUUGGACUGCGUGCCGUCAAGGUCUCUCAAUGGCGGCCUCCUCUCUUGCUCCACCCGGGGUGCCCAUGGAGCUGCACGCCGGCAACCGCGACCGCCUCGUCAGCGCGCUGAGAGCCCAGCUCUCUGCCUCCGCCCGCCCCCACCGUGGCCUCGCCUUACUCCAGGGUGGCGAGGAGCAGACGCGAUACUGCACCGAUCACCUCGAGCUCUUCAGGCAGGAGAGUUACUUCGCUUAUCUGUUUGGAGUGCAAGAGCCGGGGUUCUUUGGUGCGAUUGAUAUUGCCUCUGGACAGUCGAUUUUGUUCGCUCCAAGGUUGCCAGCUGAUUAUGCUGUCUGGAUGGGUGAAAUAAAACCACUGUCAUAUUUCAAGGAUAAGUACAAGGUCGAUAUGGUCUUCUAUGUUGAUGAGAUUGCACAGGUUCUGCAAGAUAGAUUCAGUGAGCAUGGAAAGCUUCUUCUGUUUCUCUUGUAUGGAAAAUGUACUGACAGCGGAAAUUACUCGAAACCUGCUAAUUUUGAAGGGAUAAAAAAGUUUGAUACCGAUUUAAGUACACUUCACCCUAUCUUAACCGAAUGCCGUGUUAUCAAAUCCGACAUGGAAAUUGCCAUCAUUCAAUAUGCUAAUGAUGUGAGCUCAGAAGCACAUAUUGAGGUCAUGAGACAGGCAAAACCAGGCAUGAAGGAGUAUCAACUAGAAAGCAUCUUUCUUCAUCAUGCUUAUAUGUAUGGAGCCUGUCGACAUUGCUCCUACACAUGUAUAUGUGCUACUGGACAUAACAGUUCUGUUCUUCACUAUGGACAUACGGCUGCUCCAAAUGAUCGGACGUUGAUUGAUGGAGACAUGGCUCUCAUGGACAUGGGAGCUGAAUACAAUUUUUAUGGCUCUGACAUUACAUGUUCAUACCCUAUAAAUGGAAAAUUUAACAGCAAACAGACAAUAAUAUACAAUGCCGUACUUAAAGCUCAUAAUGCUGUCAUAUCACACAUGCAGCCUGGAGUAAAAUGGAUUGAUAUGCACAAGUUGGCAGAGCAGACAAUACUUGAAUCUCUCAAGAAAGAAAAGAUUAUGCAUGGUGACAUUGGUGAUAUGAUGGCUCAAAGGUUGGGUGCUGUUUUCAUGCCUCAUGGUCUUGGCCACUUGCUUGGAAUCGACACCCAUGACCCUGGAGGCUACCCUGAGGGCUUAGAGAGGCCAAAGGAGCCAGGACUGAGCUCCUUGCGAACCAUAAGAGAACUUAAAGAAGGCAUGGUUAUCACGGUUGAGCCAGGCUGUUAUUUCAUUGACGCUCUGCUGAGGCCUGCCAGGGAAGAUCCAAUUUCCUCAAAGUUCUUCAACUGGGAAGAGAUUGAGAAGUACCAAAGCUUUGGCGGUGUUCGUAUAGAAAGUGAUCUGUAUGUGACGGUGCAAGGAUGCAAGAACAUGACAAACUGCCCACGGGAGACCUGGGAAAUCGAAGCAGUAAUGGCCGGUGCGCCAUGGCCGUCACGUGCUUCUUCUUCCUCUGCAACAACACAGAAUGGCCUGCCCAAAGCCUGAGCACUUCCAUUUUCCGUGCUCGUAAGAAAAAAUAAUAGUAUUCUGUGAAGAUAGAUUGCUUUAAUAAACAGCGAGCCUGGGAUCGCAUUUGAUGAACAAUAGACAUUUCGUAUGUCCAGUCAUAGAUUUGGUGAAGCCAGUCACUUGUAGGCUCAAGGUCCUUGCAGUCAGUUCAGCCGUCUCUGUUCUGAACCAGCAACUCUAUCGGCACGAGAAAUUAAGUGAAUGAUCAUGAACAUUUUGUUUUGUGUCAUCGCAAAACUCCUGUGGUUUUCUUACUCAAAACAAAACAAAACAAAAUGAAAUCCUGUGGUUUGAUAAUAUAUAUGUGAGGCUUGCUUAAGCCUCGAAGCUGUAGUAUA